UUUUAACGAAUUGAAAUGGCGGAUUUGUGAAAUUGGGAAACAACGCUGUAUGCUAUUGAAUUUCAAAAAUUGCGAAAACUUUGUAAAUGUUUAAUUUAAAUAAAUAUUAUAAAUAGACAACAUUUGUAGAAAGAAUAGAGCUAAUUAAAAUGUCUCGCUCGGUGCGCGCCGAAACUAGAAAUCGUGUGAAAGAUGAUAUCAAAAGAGUCAUGCAAGCUGUUGAAAAAGUUCGCCAUUGGGAGAAGAAAUGGGUAACCAUUGGCGAGACAACGAUGAAAAUUUACAAAUGGGUGCCCAUAUCCACGAACGAGCAGAAAAAAAAGCAUGCUGCGAAAAGAGAAAAUAAGGAGAACGCAAUAACACCGAAAAAGAUGCACGAUUCUUCAAAUUCCAACUUUGGCAUGGCAGAAGACUCCAAUACAUGUUUCUCCACAGUAAGUGACUCUCAGGGUCCUACAGACUUCACCUCCACACAUAUGAACUUCUCGGAGGACUCCAAUUCACAGAGCAGUGGCACCACAACACCUGCAAAACGGUUAAAAACUGAUUGAGACCAAUAAUUUAUAUCUUUGGUUUGUGUUUAAUGGUGGCUUCUCAUGGUGUGUCGCAGGGCAAGGCACAUGGACCCUUAUACUUUGCAAGUGACUGCUGCAUUAAGUUGAUUUACUUUUGAAUUCAGAGAUAAACCAUUGAAAUUUUCAUAAAUAAGCAUAGAAGCAUAGACAUGUUCUAUUGGAGGGGGUUUCUCACUUGUCCUAACAGUGGCAGCUUAACAUGAAUGGCAUGCAAUAAGUGAGUUGCAAACUAUGCUGAUUAUGAUGCCUUCGUCUUUUCAUAUGGCCAUAAAGUAGAGCUGUAAAAGUACAUAGUUCCAGAUUGGCUCAGGAUUAGCAUGUUUUGCCAUUUGGUGUCCAUGAGAAGUUCUACAUUUUGCACCAGUGCCACAUCUGGAAAAUGUAUUUUGGAGAAGACUGGACUAUUUAAGUGACCAGUAAAAGAUUGCACAAAGCACAAGUUUAACAGAAUAAAAUGGACCUAAUGUUACUUGUUUUAGUUUCAGUCUAUAUCACUAAUUUUUGACUUUGACUCAAUAAGAAUUCCAUUUCACUUGUUUAUAGUGUUUUGAUAUUUGUGCAAGUGAUCUCUUCUUGAUCUUCUCUAGUGAUAAUACCAAGCGCUGACUGAAAGACAAGAGAUUUCCAAAUUCCAGCCAGUCUUUUGUUGUGGUAGCAGCACUUUGGCCUUUCAAGAUCUUUUGAACUCAAAAUUCGGUUAGAGGUGUGUUGCUUGUGAUCAUCAGAUUCCUGAAACUUGUGGGGUCAGCCAAUAAUGCAUUAUGCAAUAUUGAAUUGCCAUUUUAAUAUAGCAAUAUAAAAGAUUACAACAAUAAGAAUAUGUUUAUAAAAAGAGUUACAACCAUCCAUUUAGUUUAUCUUGUGCCAAUAAAGAAAGUGUGGCUCAUGUUAUUGCACUUUGAGAAGCUACUGACUAUAUUAAGUGGACUUAUUUUGAAGUUUCCGUUCAAAAUAUUUGUACAUUAUGUAUUGAAAGUGAAGCAGUGAAAGUGAAGAGAUAUGUGUAUUUAAUUUUAUUUUAUGUGGUGUGUGCUACUACAAUGAGAUUGAUAUUACAUGUUUAUAUGAUUUACAGUAGAGUUUGCCAGUUCGUUAAUAGCAUAUUGUCCACACUGUAUAGGCCAAUCACAACAAAAGUGCUGAAUGCAUCAAUGUAUGGCCACUUUUUAAUUUGCAUAUAAGUAGGUAAUACUGUAGGCGAGCGCUGUUGUUAUGUAGUAUUAAACACAUAAAAAUAAUUCACUCCGUUCACACUCAGUCAAGAUUUAUUUAUUGAGCUUUGAUUGUUAGAUUUUAGUAUACUUUUUUAAAACAGCAACCAAACUAUGAUUUAUAACUGCAAUCAAUGUUUGGGAAAAAAUAAACCAUGUAACCGUCAAGUCUCUAGCCACUAUUAAAACAUAAAGAGGAGAACAAUAAGUAAGCUAAAAUUAUCAAAUCCUUCAGUAACAGUUCAAUUUAUUAUCUAUGUCCAAUGUUAACUUUCUACACUACAUCCUGAAGUUACUGAGAUAUGAACUUGAGGCAGACGUUUUACUAGCAUAGCAUAUAGAUAAAAUGUGGACAAAUGUGUGUUAACCUUUAAUCAUGAUAAAGUUUCAGUCACUAUUGUAAUAAACAGGUCCUUCUGUAAAUAUUAAGUAUUAAGUAGUUCCAUAAAUGAGAUAUUAUUUUUUAAAUUACGAUUUUAAUUAUAAUUGUAAUGUCUAUUUGCCAGCGUUAAGAAUGUAGACAUACUGUGUCUAUAAGGAGUAUUGGUUUUAAAACUGCCAUCCACCUUCCAAUAUUGCCAUGUAAUGAGUUGACACUUGAACUCAAACUAUACUUAUGACCAAUAAGGGUUUCGUAUUUUUAAUUUGCCAUACCCCUUAUAGGUUAUUGUGCUUCCAUUGACUACAUCGUCACUUGAUUAAGAUUAGUAACUUAUUACAAAUCAUUGUUAUGGGUUUUAAAACUGCAUUACCCCUUCUAGAUUAGUGUUUCUAUUGGACUGCAUUAUGAUAUAUGUGAAAUUGCACUCGAGUGCUUACUGGCAGCCAAUUAGGGGCAUUGGUUUUAAAAUUGCCAUACCCCUUGUCUGUUAGUCAUUUCUUAACCUUCAUCGUAUCUCUGAUGAAAAUACUGUAAGCUGUAAUUUGUACCUAUUUUUUGUAUAAAAACAUCAUGUGUAGUGGAAACCAGUAGACAGUAGAUCAGGCUUUUAAUUUACUAGGGAAACUGUCCAUUCAUUAUUGGCACUUUAAGGUUGUAACAAAUGCAAUAUUUGUGUUACAUCUUUGAAAAUAUUUUUCCUUUCUGCGAUUCUCCAGCUAAACUAGCUUUAAUUUCUUUUAAAAAUUAUUAAAUAUAUUCUCAGAAAAAAAACUUGUAUAUUUGCAAUAUUAGAGAAAAACUCGAUUACCGGCACCCAAAAGGGAGAAAGAAUAUUUUCUAUUCAAUUUUUUGUUCAGUAAACGUAUGUACAGAAUGAUUUCCUACUAUUGUAUAGUGAUUAUUUAUGUGUAUGUGAGGUGCCAAUAAUUUGGUGAGUGCCAAUGUACGACUGGUUUACCCUAAAGAUUUGCGCUGUCUCAAUUGUGUAGUUUUCGAGUUCUGGAACACUAAGUCAAAGUAAAAUAGACCGAACUGAACUGGUUUUAGAGUUGAUUAUUCUGUAAUAUUGAUUUUUAGUUUAAUAACGUUACGUUUGAAGCAGAAGUGCUAAAAAAUUAAAAUUUGAUCAAGGUCGUUUUACUCGGGCAUUUAAGUGUUUUAUUCGAAACGAAUAAACUAAAGUGCGAAUCUGAAACUUAGGGUAUGUACUUACUGGACACAAAAUUUAAUGAAGGACUAAAGUAUAAUAUAAAAUUGGGUAUUUCUAAAGUACAACAAAUAUAACUUAUUAUUAAAAAUAAAUGUC